CUUUUACCCAACAAUGAACUCAUCAGAUGCAGAUGUCGUGGUGCGUCCAUCCGCCCUCAUCACGGGACCUCUGAUCCCAGCCCUUAGUAUCAGUUGCAUGCUGUUCGCAGCUUUGACCCUUCAACUCUAUGCCUACAAGAGCAAGUUCCCGCGCGAUCCUAUUCUCCUCAAAUCUUUCGUCGGUCUGGUCUACCUCAUGGACUUUGUCCAGAUCAUUUUGUUGCACGAGUUCUGCUGGGAUGUCUUUGUUACUGGAAUAGGUGUCAAGGGUGGCCUUCCGACUCCACAGGCUGGCACGGCCGUGCACACCAUGCUUACCGGAAUCAUCGCUUGCAUGGUCCAAAUAUUCUUUGCAUGGAGGGUUUUCUCACUCCGCAGAGACAGUAUCAUUGUUAAAAUAGUCGUCGUCCUCAUUGUCUUGCUUGCUUUGGAGCAAUGCGCCUUCUGUCUGGCCGCAGUUGGUCUGUACCUUCAUGCAGGAGCUAAUGCAGCUAGCGUGGACCUUCUGAAAAGGGGAACAAAGUAUGACCAGGCUUGGUUGAUCGGCGCUGUCAUAUGUGAUCUAUUCAUUGCCCUAUCCAUGACAACGAUUCUCGUCCAAUACAGCCGAGCUUCGAAAGUUAAACGCACGCAGACGCUUGUCAAGAGCCUCAUUGUACGUUCUGUGGAGACCGGGACGGUGACCUUCGUUGUCACAGUGAUCAACCUGGUUCUAUUUGUGUUGUUCCCACAGAACUAUCUUUAUAUGAUCUUUGACAGAUCCAUUUCGAAAUUAUACUCCAAUGCACUGUUGCUCAGUCUUAAUGCAAGACAAACCGGAGCUGAUGUCAGUACGACGAACUGGAAUAACACUCGUCCCGACACUAGUAAUGGUAAUAACGCCUUUGGGUUGACGGUGGUGUCCGGCCUGAGCCAUGGGUACUCUUCAAACUCGGGCAACACUCUUCAUAUCUCGAAACAGACGACAACGGAUACACAUGCCGAUCAGCUCAAGUUAUCCAAAGGUUCUAUGCAGAAUUCAGAAUACGAUGUGGUGUAGUGUAACAAUGGCUAUGUAGGCGAUGAUCUGUAUGUCUUUUAGUUAGCUUGUAUCCGAGUCGGGUAUGUACCCUCCGGCACAAAACUGGACUGUAAAUUUAUCGAGUAAUUUUUGUCAAUAAUUUCCA